AUGUUAAUUCUACUGUUGUUGUUGUUGGUGUUGUUGUUGUUGUUGUUCUUCUUCUUCUUCUUCUUCUUCAUCUUCUUCUUCUUCUUCCAUCUUCUUUUGCUGUCUUUUAUCUUCUUCGACUUCUUCGACUUCUUCUAUCUUCUUCUUCUUCCAUCUUUUUUAUCUUCUUUUUCGUCCAUCUUCUUCUGUUCUUUUUCUUCUAUCUUCUUCUUCCUCUUCGUUUCUAUCUUUUAUCUUCUUCUUUGUCUUCUUCUUCUUCUUCUUCUUAUCUUUUUCCAUCUUCUUUUAUCUUCUUCUUCAAUUUCUUCCAUCUUCUUCUUCUUCUUCUUCUUCUUCUUCUUCUUCUUCUUUCCCUUCUCAUAUUUUUUCUUCUUCCAUCUUCUUUUCGAUCUUCUUCUUUUUCUAAUCUUCUUCUUCUUCUUCUUCUUUUUUUCUUCUUCUUUUUUCUUCUUCUUCUUCUAUCUUCUUCUUCUUCUACUUCUUUGUCCAUCUUUUCUUUUAUCUUCUUCUUCGGCCUCUUUGACUUUUUCUUCUAUCUUCUUUUUCGAUUACUUCGACUUUUUCAUCUUCUUCUAUCUUCUUUUACCUUCUUUUUCUUCUUCUUCUUCUUCUAUCUUCUUCCAUCUUCUUCUUUUAUCUUCUUCUUCUUCUUCGAUUUCUCCUUCUUCUUUCUAA